AUGGUAACGAAAUCUUCAGCUAGUUCAAAGAGAUUAUUCCUCACAAGACACGCUCAAGCAGAGCACAAUGUCGGUUCAGAUUAUACCAUUGCCGAUGCACCAUUAACUGAUUUAGGCAGAAAACAAUCUAAGGAGUUGAAUGAAUUGACUAAAAAUACUUUCCAAAAGACUGCUCAAUUAUUAGUCUGUUCACCUCUCAGAAGACCGAUGGAAACUAUGUUGAUAGGGUAUCCAGAAUUGAAAUCUCGUUUAGAAGGUGAAGGUAAACCAGUGAUACUACUAGAUAAAUUACAAGAAGUAGGACCAUAUCCUUGUGAUACCCCUACGUAUCCACUAUCGGCGCUGAAAUUAUCAAACAACGGGAUUUUCUCUUCACUUGACUUUUCAACUUUAUCAGAAGAUUACGCGUCUAAAUCUGGUAUAUACGCUCCUGAACAAGGGGAAGAAAGAGCUAAAGAAGUUCGAAGGUGGUUAAGGGACAGAGAGGAGGAUGAGAUCGUUGUCGUCGCCCAUGGAGAUAUAUUGAGAUACGUAGCGGAUAAUACACAAUCAACUCGAACUUGGGAUAACGCUGAAGUCAAAGUGUUCACUUUUCUCUCUGACGACGACGAGAACGCGUCUGUGAGAGAAGUACAACAACCUGCCGAACCUAAAGAUGCUACGGAUGAGCCUACCAGUGCAGAAAUGCCCAAAUAA